AUGUCAACUACAACAACACGAGUCGACGUCGAAAACGACUUGGAUACCAUUUCAAAGGAAUUUAUACCAAAGUACUUUAACGUGUGUAUGUGUUGUCGAGCUCCUUUAGACAACCCGAGAAAGUAUUGUCUCUUCUGUUUAGCAAAAAGAGUUGAAGAACGAGGACAAAUCGUUCAAAAAAGGAAGGAAGAGAUACGGGCGUUUCAGGCAAAGACUCACGAACUUGAAAAAACACUGAGUGAAGGGCUUUGUAAAAUUAAUAAGAAAACGGAUAUCAUAACACAGACAAAUACAUUGUUUGCACAUUCACAACAAAAUGACUUGGCAAUUAAUGUCAUGAAAAUCAAAGAGAACGAUGGACUCAGAUUUGCAAUUGAAAAAAUUGAUCAUAUCAGCACGUCAAUGAAAAGACUUCAAGACGCUAUAAAGAAGACCAACGAGUUGUUUUCUGAAUAUCAAAAAGUUGGGAGUGAAACAAUUAAAUUGACACAACUUAAAGCGUUUUUGACAGACCAAAUCGUGUUGAAGAAAAAACAGGGCUUAGUCCUCACAAACCAAUUUUUGAUGUUGGAAGUCGACACAAAUAAAACGUCAAGUCAACUCUCCCCAUUAACAGAGACGGUAGAACGACCAAUUCAGAACGAGUUGAGAACAUUUAGAUUCAUCAACUUCUUUGUUAAGUCGACGUCAAGGUCUUUCAAGUCUUUGGCAAUAUCCAAUUUGUUCAUUUCACACUUGUUCAUGGUCUACAAGCAUUUCUGUGUUGUAAUGAAUGUUUCUUGCACACUCCAACUCGACUGGAAAGGGACUACUAUACCAUGUACGUUGCAAAGAAGGUCACCGUCUGCACUCGGCCAGAGAGUCACCCUUCCAGACAGUGGUAUUACCUUUUCACAUAUUGUCUUCAAAAUAUUGUACGACGAAUUCUUGAAACUCUACGUUAUUUUAUAUAAGUCGACAAUUGACGUCGAUGGAGAAACGUAUGUAGAAAAGCUGUUGCAGAUUUUACAUUACUUUAUGUCUUUUUAG